UGUCGAGCCAAGUGAAGCCAAAUCACACGAAAAUGCGCUCAGCCCCAUUGAUAAUGGGCCUUCUAUUGGUGGCCAGCUGCUGCUCGGUUAUGGCCAGGCCCCAGGAGGACUCCAGCAGCUCCACCAGCACCACCAGCACCACCACUACCACCCCAAAGCCAGAGGAGAAGUCCAGCAGUAGCAGCAGCACCACAACAAGCACUACGACGACCUCCACCACUGAGAAGCCCAAGGCGGAGUCUACUGCUACGAGCACCACCAGCAGUACGACGCCCCAAACGACACCCAGCACCACCAGCACCACCAGCACCACUACAACCACAACCACCACCACCACUCCGAAACCCGAUGACGAGGCCGCCAGGCUUUUGCAGCAAUGCGCCGAGUUGAGACGCCGGAAGAAGCGCGGCGGUUCGUCCUCCUCCGAGGAAGAUAGCGGCGAGAAGAAGUCUGCGAAGAAGGAGCGCAAGCAGCUGAAGAAGCUCUGCAAGCAGCUGAAGAAGCAGCAGGAGCGGAAGGAGGAGAAGGCCCAGAAGUCGGCCCUAACUGAUCUGGCCGAGGCCCUGCGAAACUACAAUCAAAAGCAGAAGAAUUGAGCUGAAAGUCUUCUAUAAAAAUCUUUAUUAUAAUUUUGUUUAUUUUUUUUUCUGUUACCAUAGAAAGCAAAUAAAGAGU